AAUAAUAAUAAGAGAGAAGCUGUUUUUGUGUUCACAUGUGGUGUAUAAAUAUAUAGAAGCCUCUCCUCUCCAAUCCAUCUCCAAAAGGAAAGCAAAUAAGCAAUUACCAGUUAAACCUAAUUUUAUCUUUUUUUUAGAAAGAAAAUGACUUCAUGGAAGAAAACAAUCGCAACGCCAUUCAAGAAAGCGGCGACGUUCUUUAACCAACCCCAGCAAACGCCACACAACCGCCACGCAAACGCCAAGGCGAGAGAAGAACACGAGAGACGAUCGGUGAAGGAGCUUCGAGGAGACGUCAUGGCUUGUGGUUAUGAAGAUGUCCUCGUCAUGUGGUCAAUUCUUGACAAGUCAAACUCUUCAAACAAUCACUCUUCUUGAUUGGAUUUCUUCUUCUUCUUCUUCUUCUUCUUCUUCUUUUUUCCUUCAAUGUGUAUAGCUUUGUAUUAGAGCCCGCCAUGUGUCUGUUCUUUCUCCUUGUCUUACGUUACAUUACGUGGUCGUGGCUUUUUUCCCCCUCUAAAUUAGAGUUUAGUGAAUUUUUAUCCGAUGAUCAGUUUUGAUUCGGAUGUAAUGAAUCCCUGCAAUGAUCUAAUCCAAGUCACGGUGCCAAUUUUUAUUUAAUAAGUCUUUCUUUUAA